AUGGCGAGCGGCAUGUCUGACGGCGCGCCGGCGUCUGUGCACCGCGCCUCGCGCACGAUCCCCUUCACGCCUGGGCGUGGAGUGACGAGCAGGAGCGCGGCGCAUGUGAGUGCGAAAGAGUAUGAUCGUUACCUCCGGCGGCUUUCCGCCGUGCAGAGUUCGACGAGGAAAGCGAUGCAGACGGCGAAUGUGUCGCCCGAUGGUGAGGAGGAUGCGAGCGGCGUGAACGCGAGCGGCGCGAGCUCUGAAGCGGCGCUGCGUGCAGAUGGUGAGAGCACUCCACAGCCAACGUCCGCGGCGCACGCUGUGCACGCCUCGUACCUGCACGAGGCGAGCUUUGUGCAGAAUCCGCUGAGCGAGCGCGUGCCCAACAUGUCGCCGCGCAAACUUGCCCAGCCGCGAGUCUACGACAUGCUGGGUGCUGGUGUGUCGAAGAAAGAAGCCGUUCGGGACAUUCCGCUGCGCAGUGUCGACCGCCAGCUGCAAGAUGUUUUGCUUGUAGAGGACCUGCUGUUUGUCCUUAUUGGCAUUGAAGGCAACUAUGUCCAAUUUUCUCCGCAGUACAAGCCCGACGAUCUGGGCCACCGCCUGAACGGGGCCCAGUUUGUGAUCGAUGCGGAGCUCAAUGGGUCGCUGCGCGAAAUGGUCGAGCGCAUCCUUCCCCUGGCCUCCUACUACACCUCUAUCCACGCGUUUGUCGAGCGCGAUGCCGGCCUUGAGUACGGCACGGUCAUGCAUGCACUGUGCGCGGCGAUCCGGACCCAGCUGCACGCGUACGAAGGGCUUGUCGAGCAAAUGGAGCAGCGUCUCUUGCGCUCGCCCGACUUUACGCUGCAGCAGCUGUGGCGCACGAUGCACCCGAUGCUGCGCACCUUUGCGCUUAUCCACUCGCUCACGUCGGAGAUUGCCAGUAUCACGCACGCAGACGUGCUGCCGCGCACCGAAGAAGAGGCCGCGGACGAGUCCUCCGAGGGCGAAAGCAGUCUCACGUACGGCAGCGAUGCAUUCCAGCUCGAGCGCGACCGCCGAGCGCUGCUUGGCCUUGACUCUGGUGCGGCGGAAGACAUUCACGGGGGCAUUGUCAAAGGCGGCGAAGUCCUGUCCAUCCUCUGGGACCGUCUCGUGCACCUUGGCGGCGAUCCCGACGCGCACGCGCUCUUUCUCGAGCUCUUUCGCGAAGCGAGCCAGCCGUACGCGCGCACACUUUUGCGCUGGAUCACGUCUGGCCAGCUGCUGGACCCCUACGAGGAGUGUAUGGUGGUCGAGGACAAGCGCGUGACGCAAGCGAGUCUCGAGGUAGACCCUACCGACGAGUACUGGGAGCGCCGCUACAUGCUCCGCGACGAGCGUGUGCUGGAGCAAAAAGAUCUCGAGGAGCAGCAGCGCGCCAUGGAAGGCGGCGCAAACGAGCCGGAGUUGAAUCUGCGCGGGGACUUGACGGGCGGCGCCAAAAUUCCCGCGUUCCUCGAGGCGUGGAAGCACAAGAUUUUGUCUGCGGGAAAGUACUUGAACGCGAUACGCGAGUGUGGCAUCGAUGUGAGCGAUGUGCAUUCGUCGCGUGCGGGCUCGCUUUUUGGUGAGCAGGAUGCGCACGUCGCGACGACGCUUGAGAAGGAGGCGAACCAGGAGCGAAUCCAUAUGGACAGCGACGAGUUUAUUGUGUGCAUUGAGAACGCGUACCAGCGCGCGAAUGCCGCCUUGCUGCGCCUGCUCGUCCAGGACAAGGACAUUAUUGCGCGUCUCUGCUCCCUCAAGCACUACUUUUUCUUCUCGCGCACCGACUUUCUCCAGGCCUUCUUGGACCAGUCGUCGCACGAGCUGCGCAAGAUGGUGGAUCCUCAGCGCAUCCGCGAGACGACCUUGCUUCGGCUGCAGACCCAGCUGGACAUGGUGCUGGGCAGCAGCGACACGGUAGGGUUUCACGAUCCGUACCGCGAAGAGCUGCGCGUGGACCUCGCGAAAGAGCGCGCGUACGACCAGCUCCAGCGGAUUGCAGACACCAAAGGUGUGGUAGAGAUUGCCAAACUGCGCGCCAAGCAGCAGGCCGAGCGCCACAAGGCGGGCGCAAGAGAGCUGGCCAUGUACCUGCUUCAGUUCGACGUCCACGUCCAGUUUCCCGUCUCGCUCGUCAUCUCCAAAAAGAAUGUGCUGCGCUGGCAGUUUAUCCACCGGUGCCUGCUUCUCCUCAAGCUGCUCGAGCGCGGGCUGAGCGAGGUAUGGCCCGAGCAGACCGACAAGGAGUGGCGCGCGCUGGACCGGCGCCGGCACGGCGAUGUGCUCCAGCGCUGGAAGCUGCGCGUGCAUUUGCUGCGGCAGCGCAUGCUCCUGCUUGUGCAGCAGCUCCUCGCCUUCUACACCACCGAGAUCAUCCAGCCCAACUGGCGCGAGCUCGAACAAAAGCUGCGCGAGGCGCGCUCGGUCGAAAUUUUUAUGAAACACCAUUUCGAUUUUCUGAAUACGUGCCGCAAAGAGUGCAUGCUGACCGACUACCGCUACUUGGAAUGCCACCGCAAGUUGAUGAACACCAUUACCGUCUUUACAGAGAGCCGCGCACGCUUCCAAGAGCACCUGCGCCAUAUGACCAAGGCGCUCGAUGCUUGGCACGCAGCGCCGCACGACACAGAAUUUCCAGCGUUUCCCGCACACGAUCCGCUCGCAAAGAUCGAAGCGAGCUGGAACAAGCACGCGCGCACCUUCCGCGACGUGGUCAACCUCUUGUCCACCACCGAAAACCCCGCCGCGCUGCCGCUCGCUUACCGGCUGCAAACCGCGCUGCGCUAG